AGCGUCAUAAAAUUUUAAUUUUAUAUAUUUUUCUGGACAAAAUAAUUUCAUAUUAAUCAAGUUACAGUUUUUUGUCUGAAACUUAAAACAUAAUUAUCCAUUUUUGUUCUCAAAUUCACCAAAAAAAAAAAAAAAAAAUCCAUGUACGGUGCCUUCUCCGGCGAAGAAGCUAUGGUUUCGUUCUCAAAUUCAUUCAAAAAUCCUAAAUUCUCUAUAUUCCCUCACUCCAGUUGGUUCUUCCGGCAAAAUUUAAGUUUAUUCCCCAAAUUCCAUCAAAAAACCCUAAAUUAAUUUUCUUCCGGUGUACCAGUUGGGUCCUUCGCCUGAGAUAUUGUUGCUUUCUCAAAUUCUCACAAAAGCCCUCAAUUAUCGAUCUUCUGCUGCUCAAUUUGGGUUCUCCGCCCAACCCCACUUCGCCGGUUUAUUGGCAUCAGGGUGUAUUGGAAGUUCUUGUGAAAUUGAACCCUUUAGGGUUGGUGAAUUGGGUCUUUGAUCAAGAAGUUUGAUAGGAGUUGGUAUUCAAGAGUUUCAAUUAAGACAUUUGACAGACUUGAGUGUUUAUAAGAACUUUCUCUGGUUGUGAAUGAUGGAUUGUUGAUUAUGUCGACUUGUGAUAACUUUUUUUGUUUUCAACAUCCGAAUUUGAAGUUCAACCUUGGAUAGAGUUAGAGGAAUAAAGGGAUUUGAAUAUAUAUUUUUUGGCGGGAAAUUUUGCAUGGCAGGAAAGGGUGUGUUAAGUUUUCCAAGAUCUAAUGCUUUGGAAGUUCCUAAGGUGUGUAAUCUGAAGGACCAAGCGAAAAGAACAAUUCUUCGUAAUGUGAGAUCGCAAGGGCACACGUAUGUUGAACUUCGUGAAGAUGGAAAGAAGUUCAUUUUCUUCUGUACUUUGUGUUUAGCUCCUUGUCACAGUGAUUCGGUACUGUUUGAUCACUUGAAGGGUAAUCUUCAUAAUGAGAGGUUGUCUACUGCUAAGGCUACUCUCUUGAGACCAAACCCGUGGCCGUUUAAUGAUGGUGUUGUUUUCUUUGAUAAUUCAAUCGAGAAAGGAGAACAGAUGACAAUUACAAAUGGAAAUGGAAACCAAAAUCGGUUGUUGGAGUCUCAAGACAAUGGGGACAGUCUAGCUAUAGUUAGUUAUGAUGAAAAUACAGAAAACCUUGCUAAUAAGAAAUCUAGGAAUGAUCAAUUUGUACAUCAAAAUGAGGAUCUAGAUUAUGCAGUCAUUGAUUCAGAUGUUAACUUGAAUUCCUCUUCAGAGAAUCUGACUGAAUCUGGGGAUAAUUGUGCAGUUUCAAUCCCUUGUGUUCGAGUUGGAAAUGAAAUUACAAAUGUAAAAGUGAGGGAAGUGGGUUACGGACUAGUUGCUGCAAGAUUUCAGGAGACGGGUAGCAUGUCAGAGGAGCUAACCAGGAUAUGGUGCGAGUGGUUGGGAAAAAAUAAUAUAGUGAACGAGGGUUCAUUCAUUGUUCCUGAGCAUGACUUUGCUAUUGUUACCUUUAGUUAUAACAAUUUAAAUUUAGGUAGAAUGGGUUUUCUUGAUGAGGUAAGAGCAUUGCUCUGCUCGAGUCCGUCAUCUGAAAGUCAAAAUGCUGAAGGCAGUAAAAAAAGGAAAUCAUUUUCUGACCCUGAGGAUGUUAGUGAUAAUGUGAGUAAUCAUUAUGAUUCAGGCGGGGAAGAUUCUUCAGCUUCUGCAGUAUCAAGUUUAAUGUUAGAUGAUCAGCUUCUGCAAACUAGAUUUAUUUCUAACAAGGCUGUAAGGCGAGAAUUGAGGCGACAACGACGCUUAGCUUCUGAAAGAAUGUGUGAUAUUUGCCAACAUAAGAUGCUUCCUGGAAAAGAUGUAGCAACACUCAUGAAUGUGAAGACUGGAAGGCUUGCUUGCAGUAGUCGAAACGUGAAUGGGGCCUUCCAUUUAUUUCAUACUUCCUGCCUCAUACAUUGGGUUCUUCUAUGUGAACUUGAAAUGCUCACAAAUCAGCCAGAUAGUGUAAAAGUUAAACGGAGAUCUCGGAGAAAAACUGCAGCUAAGAACAACGAAAUACAAAACGAUGGUGAUAUGAAAGCUCUAAGGCCUCAAAUUCAUUCUGUAUUCUGUCCGGAGUGCCAGGGGACUGGAGCGCUCAUCGAUAACCAUGAUGAGAAACCAACAGUUCCUCUUUCAAAGAUGUUCAAGUACAAGAUAAAAGUGAGCGAUGCACGCCGAGCAUGGAUGAAGAGUCCUGAAGUGUUGAAAAAUUGCUCAACAGGGUUUCAUUUCCCAUCACAAUCCGAAGAAAAGCUACAGGAAAAGGUGAAACAACUGAAGUUGCUGCGUUUCUAUGGAGCUCAUUACUAGAGUAAUCGAAACUGUAUAAGCUAUUGUGGAUAAGUAAGUACAAUGAGAUAUUGUAGAUAUACCUGUUGAGUGUUACUGUUGUCUAGUCUAACACAGGUGUACAUGCUGACAUCAUCAUCAUCAUCAUCAUCAUCAUCUGCAUUGUAAAUUGAAUUUAACAUCUACAACUCUUUCCAAUGCAUAUAUGUGUAUUUUAUAAUUGUGCAUUCUUUCUCUUUUACUUUACACUUUGUUAUUUGUUAUGUGAGCUAUUUGAUUAUUUUGGUAGUUAAAAAAAAUAGCAUAGAUACAGACUCUGGUGUACAUGUAUGUAUCUAUCAAAGACAAGUUUGCUUAUCAUUUGGGGGAAGAAGAAAAUAUGAAGACUACUUGCUUUUCCUUCUUUUUCAUUCACAAUAAAUAAUCAGUAACUUUGAUUUA